AUGUACAAAAGACAGUUUUUCUUUCCAUUGAAGAUAAUUCAAUUAAAGAAUGAAAGAAAUUUAAAACAUUUUCAAGAAACUUAUGAAAAAGGAGAAGAAAAUAAGAGAAAAAAUGUUCUAAAGAUUUUAUUUUCUAAACUAUUUAAUGUAGUACUUUUUGUUCUGCUAUUUUUCUAUAUCCAGGAAAAUGGAUUUGAACAUAGGCAUGCAUGUAGGUACUUAGUGAAUACUGUUAAAAAUAGGAAUUUGUCUGAACUUUUAUUUAAAAUUAAAAAGAGCUUAUUCAAAACGAAAAAGAUUAAGAAUAAAGAAAUUAGUCUUACGGUUAAAAAAAAAAAGGAAAAAAAAAAGAAGAAAAAAGAAUUUUUUAAAGAGCUAAAAAAAUUAAGGGAUUCAUUUUAUACAAAAAAUAUACAUAAUAAGAAUAUCAAGAGUGAAGUAGAUAAUGGACAUACUGAAACUGUGUCAAAAGAAAAAACAGACACAGUUGUUACGUCCGAUUUAGAUGAUUGGGAAGACAUAGAAGAGGAAGAAUUAUUUAAAAAGAUUAAAGGUUUAUCUGGUGUGAUUAGUGUUGAUGAAAUGUAUAAUGUGUGGAAUAAUGUUCAUGCAUAUAUAAGGAAAAAAUACUUUUAUAGAGAAGAAUAUAUAUGGAAAUUUUUUGAGGGUCACGCUUUGAGUUACAAUAUUUCCAAAGAUUUUAAAGUGAUGUUAUGGUAUAAGAUCUAUUAUAUUAUAAAAGAGGAAAUAAUGAAAAUUGAAAAACAAGAAUUUAGUAAAAUUCAUUAUUUUAUUAAUGAUAAUCCAGUUGAGUAUGAAGUUUUUAUAAAAUUCUUAUUUGAAAAAUUAGAUAAGUGGAGGAAAAGAAUGGAACAAGUAGAAAAAAAAUGGAUGCAUCUGUUACUCUUAAAUUUGAGGUUCUGCAAGAGGAGAUGUAUGAUACUAACCAAUACCCCUUUUGAAGGAUCACAACGCUUCGGAUACUUUUCAUAG